AGAGCGGAAGGAGGAGGAAGAGGAGGAGUGCAAAGUUCGCCUCAACUCCUGGUCACAUUGGCGCGCCGGCUCCUCCAAAAACCUCACACCGGGACAAACAUGACGCGGGCCGGGCUGGUGCUCCUCGCCGCGUUGCUAUGGCAAUGCGGCCAAGCGCAGCAAAGAGGUUUAUUCCCGGCGGUUUUGAACUUGGCUUCCAUGGCGGAUAUUUCAACCAACGCUACAUGUGGUCUAUCUGGUCCAGAGAUGUUCUGUAAACUAGUAGAGCACGUACCAGGUCAGCCUGUAACAAACGCACAAUGUCGAAUCUGCAAUCAGAACAGUGCGAAACCACUCGAGCGUCACCCCAUCGAAUACGCCAUCGACGGGACGAACCGUUGGUGGCAAAGUCCCUCCAUCAAGAAUGGAAUGGAGUACCACUAUGUGACUAUCACACUGGACUUGAAACAGAUUUUCCAGAUAGCCUACGUGAUCAUUAAGGCUGCCAACUCGCCUCGCCCGGGAAACUGGAUUUUGGAGCGCUCGAUAGAUGGCGAGACCUAUGAGCCGUGGCAGUUCUUCGCCCUCACAGAUACAGAGUGCCUGACCAGAUUCAACAUGAAUCCCAGGACAGGACCUCCGUCAUACACCAAAGACGAUGAAGUUAUCUGCACAUCUUUCUAUUCUAAAAUCCAUCCUUUGGAGAACGGAGAGAUCCACACGUCGUUAAUCAAUGGGCGUCCCAGUGCGGAUGACCCGUCCCCGACCCUGCUGAACUUCACCUCGGCCCGCUACAUCAGGCUGGUGUUUCAGAGGAUCCGAACGCUCAACGCAGACCUCAUGACGCUGACACUUCAUGACCCCAGAGAUGUCGAUCCCAUCGUGACGAGACGGUACUACUAUUCCAUUAAGGAUAUUUCAGUGGGAGGGAUGUGCAUCUGUUAUGGUCACGCAAAGGCUUGUCCACUCAACAGUUUCACCAAGAAGUUCAGCUGCGAAUGUGAACACAACACAUGCGGCGAAAGCUGCGAUCGUUGUUGCCCCGGUUACCACCAACAAGCCUGGAUGGCAGGAACCUUUGUCACUCGACAUGUUUGUGAGAAGUGCAACUGCCACGGGAAGGCUGAUGAAUGCUACUUUAAUCAGACUGUAGCAGACCGAUCACUCAGCCUGGACGUCCACGGCCAAUACCGAGGGGGUGGAGUGUGUAUUUCAUGCCGUGACAACACAGAUGGCAUCAACUGUCAGAGCUGUGUUACCGGGUACUACAGACCUGCGGGGGUGAACGCCGAGGAUGAGAACCCCUGCACGCCUUGCUCAUGUGACCCGCAUGGUUCUAACGGGCAAACCUGUGUUGAAGACUCAAGCCGGGCGACGCCUUCUCAGCCACCAGGGUCAUGCCGCUGUAAGGACGGGUUUGGCGGCCUGCGAUGUGACAGGUGUGCCGUUGGUUACAUGGGCUACCCAGACUGUCAGCCGUGUAACUGCAGCAUCGACGGAAGCAGCAACAGUGACCCGUGUACUUCACCCUGCAUGUGCAAGGAAAAUGUGGAAGGAGAGAAUUGCGGCCGCUGCAAGCUCGGUUUCUACAAUCUCCAGCGCGACAAUCCUCGCGGCUGCGAGAAAUGCUCUUGCAUGGGCGUCGCGACCCGGUGCUCUGCCUCCGCGUGGGUUUAUCAGAAUGAGAGCACGCUGACUGGCUGGCACCUGAGCGGAGAUUCGGGGCGGAUCGUUUGGCCUAUUCACAGAGAGACACCUCGGUAUCUAAACGUCCACCAUGCAGAUGUGGUGGACAACCUUGGCUCCGCUUACUACUGGAAUGCACCUCAAUCAUACUUGGGCAAUAAGCUCCUAGCCUAUGGAGGGACCAUGGUCUACACUGUGUCUUACACUAUUGAUCAGCAGGACCAGAUUAUUAGAGUCACUUCGGAACCAGACCUAAUCAUUGAGGGCAGCGGGAUCAAGAUUAUAGACAGACGGUACGGACGACCCGUGUAUCCGUCCUCACCGAGCGUCAAUAGCAUCGCUCUCCUUCCUGAAAACUUCCUGGUUUCAGACACUGCUCAGCCAGUCAGUCGCAGGGAUUUCAUGACCGUCUUGGCAAACAUGACCAGAUUGAUGGUCAGAGCCUCUUACAGUACAGAACCCAGUGCUGUGUACAGACUGCACUUAUUCUCCAUGCAAGUAGCUUAUCCCUUUGCCCAAGGAGAGCGGAAAGCAUCGGCUGUUGAAAUGUGCUCUUGUCCACCCGGUUAUGCCGGAACAUCAUGUGAGGCUUGUGUUGCUGGAUUCCGAAGAGUGGGUGGAAACCUGUACAACGGAGUGUGUGAAGUGUGUCAUUGUCACGGCCAUUCUGAACAAUGCCACCAAAUCACAGGGCACUGCCUGGACUGUUCCCACCACACCACAGGCCCCCAUUGCGACACCUGCCAACCUGGGUACUACGGCAAUGCCACUCACGGGUCAGCGACAGAUUGUCAGCCCUGCGCCUGCCCUCUCAACAUGCCAAGUAACAAUUUCAGCCCAACUUGCCACCUUGGUGAGGGAGGAGACCUGCUGUGUGACCGGUGCCAGCCUGGAUACACCGGACCAAGAUGUGACAGUUGCUCCAACGGGUAUUACGGCCAGCCCACUGUCCCAGGAGGUUCCUGCCAGCCCUGCGAUUGCCACGGUAACCUGGACCUGUCGACACCCGGCAGCUGCGAUCCAAUCACAGGCCAGUGUCUGCAUUGUCGACAUGGUUACGGUGGCGUGGCCUGCGACAGCUGCCAUGACGGAUUCUUUGGAGAUGCCAUCACGGCGAAAAACUGCCAGCCCUGUCAGUGCCAUAUUAAUGGCUCCGUCUCGGAAGUCUGCGAUAAGCAGAGCGGGCGGUGCCAGUGCAGAGAAAACGUGGUUGGACGCCAGUGUGACGACUGCAUGCCUAAUUACUGGUGGGAUGCCGAGCGUCACAUGUGCACGGCCUGCCGCUGCACCCACCUGGGCUCCGUCUCUCAACGCUGCGACGUUGAGGGCCGCUGCACCUGUCGCCCGGGAUUCGCGGGCAUGCGCUGCGACCAGCGUCGUCGCCAAGGUUACGAGAGGCGGGAGACGCGGCGCCCGGUGGAGCGCGUCCCCGUGGAGGCAGUACAGCGAAGAUGGGGCAGCCCAUCUCGCACCGGGGGUUGUCCUAGGGGCGCGUACUGGCCCAGUGCAGCGGCUCAGACGUACGGCCUGGCCACGGGGGGACAGUGCGUGCCGUGUCACUGUAACUCCUUUGGCUCCAAGUCGUUUGACUGCGACGAAAACGGUCAGUGUCGGUGCCAGCCGGGAGUCAGCGGACCCAAAUGUGACCGCUGCUCACGAGGAUUCUUCAACUUCCAGGAGGGAGGCUGCACGCCGUGUCACUGCAGUCACGUGGGUAAUAAUUGCGACGCCAACACGGGACAGUGUAUCUGUCCUCCAAACACGCUUGGCGAGAGGUGCGACCGCUGCGCCCCCAACCACUGGGGCCACGAUAUCGUGACCGGAUGCAAGGAGUGCGGCUGUAGCGCGGUGGGUUCAGUGACGCUGCAGUGUAACGUCAACACAGGCUGCUGCCGUUGCCAUGACUCCUUCAGAGGAGAGAAAUGUAACGAAUGUCAGUUGGGCUACAGAGACUUUCCUCAGUGCACCUCAUGCGAGUGUAACAUCUCCGGAUCGGAAAGUGAGACUUGUGACUUUGAGCGAGGAAUUUGUGCCUGCGCCGAUCGAACUGGGAAGUGCGGCUGCAAGGAAAAUGUAAUGGGACACCACUGCGACCGUUGCAAGCCCAACACUUUCGGAUUGUCGCUGCAAAAUCCGCUGGGCUGCAGCAACUGUUAUUGUUACGGCCUGACGCAGUCCUGCACUGAGUCGCAAGGACUGGUCAGGAUGUGGCUAACGCUGAGGCCAGAGCAGACGGUUCUUCCCCUGGUGGAUAAAAGCAGCAUUGUUGAGACCAAAACAGGAGUAAGCUUCCAACACCCGGAGAUCCUCGCAAACUCCGAGCUGGUCACCACAGUUCUUUCUGAGCCGUAUUACUGGAAGCUACCGCAACAGUUCCGAGGCUCCAUGAUCACAGCAUACGGUGGGAAGUUGAAAUAUGCCGUGUACUACGAGGCCAGAGACGAAACUGGGUCCUCCUCGUAUGAGCCCCAGGUCAUCAUUAAGGGCGGAGCGAACCACAACAUCGUAAUGACACGCCAAGUAGCGGGACUCCAGAUUGGUCAGCUCACACGGCACGAGAUUGACAUGACGGAGCACGAGUGGAGGCACGCCGACGGACGGCCAAUGACGCGGCGGGAUUUCAUGGAUGUUUUGUUCUAUGUGGACUACGUCCUUAUCAAGGCAUCACAUGGCAACCAGAUGAGACACAGCCGUAUUUCCGAGAUAAGUCUCACUGUGGCAGAAGCAGGUAUACCCAACAGAGAGAACGAGAAAGCCUACCAAAUAGAAAAAUGCGACUGUCCAGUCGGAUACUCUGGACUGUCUUGUGAGGAGUGCGCGGCAGGUUUCUACCGCCUUCGCGGCGGCUCGCAGGCAUCUGCUCCGGCCUCCAGAGUCCCCACUGCUGCGGGCAUGGGCAGCUGUGUUCAGUGCCAGUGCAGCGGCCACUCGACCACCUGUGACCCUGACUCCUCCAUAUGCCAGAACUGUCAAGACAACACAGAGGGGGAUCACUGCGAGCGCUGCGCUCCGGGAUUCUACGGCGUGGUCCGAGGAUUCCGUGACGACUGCAAACCUUGCGCCUGCCCCCUUACUAAUCCUGGGAACAAUUUUAGUCCAUUCUGCGUCACCGAAGGCUAUGAUGACUACCGUUGCACAGCCUGUCCUGAGGGAUACGAGGGGAAAUAUUGCGAAAGGUGUUCCACCGGUUACUAUGGUAACCCUCAGAUACCUGGUGGGCGAUGCGAGGAGUGUAAGUGUUCCCCGUGGGGGGCCUUGCCCGAACCAUGUGACACUGUCACUGGCCAAUGCCAGUGCACGUUCGGGGCCUCGGGGAGGUCUUGCGACCAGUGCAUGGAAAGGCAUGUGUGUGGACCAUCUGGGAUCAUCUCGUGCGACGACGAGUGCACAGGUCUGCUGAUUAGCGACAUGGACCGCCUGUAUCGCAUCGUCACCGACAUCACGCUGACCACGCCCCUGCCGCCACCUUACAAGAUCCUGUACCGCUUUGAAAACAUGACCGAAGAACUCAAGCACAUGCUGUCACCUCAGAAAGCUCCGGAGAGAUUACUCCAGCUGGCCGACUCCAACUUGGGAUCGCUGGUUGUCGAGAUGGACCAACUACACAGCAGGGCAACUAAGGUGUCUGCUGAUGGAGAACAAGUGGAAGAUGAUGCCAACAGAAUUGAAAAGCGAGCCGAGGUCCUGGAGAAGUUCGUCAGGGACGCGCUACUGGGAGCUCAAGAUCUCCAGUCCAAAGCUGACGAGUUGAACCGGAUGCUGGCGCGCAAAGACGGAACGCCGGAAAAAAGUUUGAAGGAGAUGAAGGACGAGAUUCAGGCCAUGUUAGCUGAGAUGAGGAAACGUCAGCUGGGAGGGAAACGCCUCAUUGCUGAGGAGGAGAUGGAUUUAGCAGAAGAGUUGUUCCAAAGAGUGACGAGGAUGUUUGGGAUUCCUCACCAGGCCACAGAAGACCUCAAAGCGGAGAUAAAAGCCAAGAUGUCAGACCACGAGGGCAAACUUCAGGAGGCUCAAGAACUUCUUCACUCCGCUCGCGAGAAAACCAGGCAGGCUGGCUUGCUAGCUGGACACAACCAAGCCAACCUCACAUUCUUGGAGGGGAGGCAUGCGGCGGUCCUCGGGGUCAAACGAGAAGCAGAAAAGGUCAUGGGGGAAGCGGAAAACCUCCUGGAUGAUGCCAACCAGCUUUCGGACAACAUCAAUGAAGAGUUAGAGGAUGCAGAGGAGAUGAGAAACCAACUCGGUCCUCUCAACGACCAGCUGGAUGACAAAGUGCGGCACCUGAGCGACGGUUUGAGCGGCGGCGGCCUGGCCCAUCGCGUUCAUGCCGCCGAGGAUCACGCCCAACAGCUGAAGGAAUCCGCCACCAUUCUGGAUGGGAUCUUGGCCGAAGCGAAGAACCUCUCCUUUAAUGCGACGGCCGCCUUCAAAGCCUACACAAACAUUAAAGCGAACGUGGAAGAAGCAGAGAAAGAGGCGAAGGCGGCCAAGCAGACUGCGUCGGAAGCGCUGGCGAUGGCUUUAGGCCCAGAGAUCCCCGUGAAGGAGGAAGCUCAAGGUGCCCUUCAGAAGAGCCUCAAGCUGCUCAACCACGCUAAGCAACUCCAUAAUGAUGUCAAAGACAAUGCCGCCAGUGUGUCCGGACUGAAGGGCAGAGUAAAAUCCGCCCGAGACAGAACCAAAGACCUGCUCAGAGCCAUCAAUGGAACCGCCACAACACUCGACGCCAUGCCCGAUGACACGGCCGCCAAGCUGACCGCAACAAGGGCCGUGGCCGCUGAGGCAAACGCGACAGCCCUCGACGUCCUGGAGCGCCUCGCGACCUUGAACCUUCAGGUCAAAGGCAUACAGAAGAACUUCAGCCAGUUGGCCCACGCGGUCCGCGUCGCCAACAAGAUGAUUCAGGACCCGGAGAAAAACAUCCACGCGGCCGGCGCUAAAGUGAAGGAUUUAGAGGACGAAGCUGAUCGACUCCUGGAGAAGCUGAAGCCGAUCAAAAAGCUGGAGGACAACUUGAGACGAAACAUCUCCCAGAUCAAGGAACUGAUUACCCAAGCCAGGAAGCAAGCCAACUCGAUUAAAGUGUCUGUGUCGUCCGGCGGCGACUGUCUGCGGAGUUACCGCCCUGAUAUCAGGAAGGGCAGGUACAACACCAUCAUUCUUCACGUCAAGACCACCACGCCUGAUAAUUUGCUCUUCUACCUGGGUUCAGCCAAAUAUGUUGAUUUCUUGGCCCUGGAGAUGCGCAAGGGCAAAGUGUAUUUCCUUUGGGACGUGGGUUCAGGGGUGGGACGAGUAGAGUAUCCCCAUCUCACCAUCCACGAUGGCAACUGGCACAGAAUAGAAGCUUCUCGUAACGGAUUGAACGGGACCAUAUUAGUGUACCCCCUCGAAGGUCCGAGGGCCGGUUUCGUGCCAAGCCCAAACAGCGCCAACUCGCCAGUAACCUACACCAUCCUGGAUGUGGACCAGAACGCGUACCUGUUUGUGGGCGGGAUACUCGGCACCAUCAAGAAAGCGGAUGCCGUGAGGACGACGACGUUCGCGGGCUGCAUGGGGGAAACCUUCCUUGACGGUAAACCCAUUGGACUUUGGAACUACAGGGACAGGCAGGGAGACUGUAAAGGAUGCGUCGUCAGUCCCCAGGCGUCAAACGGUGAAGGGACUGUCCAGCUGGACGGCGAAGGAUACGCCGCCGUGGCACGACCCACAAGAUGGAACCCGAAUGUUUCCAGUGUCACGUUCAAGUUCCGAACAUUCGCCUCCGACGCACUGCUCAUGUAUCUGGCAACUGACGAUAUGAAAGACUUCAUGUCCUUGGAGCUGGCAGGGGGCAAAGUGAAGAUGAACUUCGAUCUGGGCUCGGGAGUCGGCAGCGUCAUCUCGGCUCACCGUCAAAACGACGGCCGCUGGAAAUCCCUCACCAUGUCUCGCAACAAGAAACAAGCCACGGUUAGCAUCGUGGACAUUGACUCCAGUGCCGAAGAGAAGAUAGGGGCGACAUCUCUGGGGACGGCCACCGGGCUCAACCUCAAGGAGAAGCAGAGCAUUUAUUUCGGAGGUCUGCCUACCAUUGGAAACUACAGGGCGGAGGUCAUGCUGAAGCGCUAUGUCGGCUGCCUUCGGGAGAUUGAAGUAUCCCGAACUCCGUAUAAUCUCCUCAGUAGCUCUGAUUACACCGGGGUUACCAAAGGAUGUAAUGUCGAGAACUUAUACACAGUCAGCUUCUCCAAGCCGGGAUAUGUGGAGCUGGCUGGGUUCUCCCUGGCGGCCGGCACUGAAAUCAGCCUGUCGUUCAGCACCCAGGUGGACACCGGCACCCUUCUCUUAGCCGUGGGUGGCCCACCGCCCAUCGGCCAACAGGUCCGUAACAAGAAUGUCAUCUUUAAGAGGAAACGCCGACAAUCGGGAGAGCCCUUCCUCUCUGUGAUGCUGAACAAAGGCUCCCUGGAGGUGUUGGUGUACACGGGCAGCCACAGUGUGCGUCGAGUCAUCAGGCGGCCCGAGCAAGGCAUCCUGAGUGACGGCAGAGAGCACUCGCUGCGCAUCGAGAGAUUACCUGGCAGAUCUUUUGCCGUUCAAGUGGACGAGGAGGCAAAGAGGGAGUCUCCGCUUCCUAAUGACCAGCCAAUCGUCUUGCACCGUUUAUUCCUCGGCGGUAUUCCCGCGGAAGUGGAGCAGACGUCCAACAGAGCCAACGUCCCAUUCCAGGGAUGCAUCUGGAAUCUCAUGGUCGACUCUGUUCUGUCAGACUUCUCCCAGUCGGUGUCCUUUGAAAACGCCGAAAUCGGACAGUGCCCCAGCCUUGCCCCGCUUCUUCCUCUUCCCUAUCCUACAGAAGAGGCUAAGAAGGAAGAGGACGCGUCCAAACCGCACCGGCCGGCACCCGCUCCCGCAGUUGUUACUUCGCCUCCGGAACUUCCUGCCGAGCCCACGGCAAUUGUCGCGCCUGCUGCAACACCUACUUCUGCCGAAGCCUCGCCCACUGCUGACACGGACUCGUGCCCCUCAGCUGUUGCCCCUGUGGCACUGGACAAAUCCUACCAGUUCGGGCUGGGCAGAAACAGUCACAUGAGCUUCACCUUCGAUGACGCCAAAGUGAGAGAAAGGUUGGUUUUGGAGUUUGAGCUGAGGACACGGGAGGAGUCGGGACUGGUGCUGUACAUGGCCAGAAUCAACCACGCCGACUUUGUCUCCAUUCAGAUCAAAGAUGGACAGGUGUGCCUGGGUUAUGACCUCGGUCACGGCAACACGUCUGGAUGCGUCCCCUUCUCCAUCAACGAUGGCAACUGGCAUAAGAUCCGUGUAACUCGCAGCAAGCAGAGAGCUCUCCUGAUGUUGGAUGGUCGAUACAGUAAACAGAUGAUUAGCCCCAAAAAGGCGGACUUGCUGGACGUGGUGGGAAUGCUGUAUGUUGGUGGUCUACCGCACAACUACACCACCAAGAGGAUCGGACCGAUUCUUUACAGCAUCAGCGGGUGCCUGCGGCGCUUAAAGAUGGGGGGAGGUCCCGUCAGCACAAAAGCUGCCGCACCGGGUCGUACCGAGGCACUUACUGAAGACUUUAAGCUUGACAUGUCCGCGCCGACCUCCAGUCACAUGGUCGGAAAAUGCUUCGCUGCCACCGAACAAGGAACUUAUUUUGACGGAACUGGAUUUUUGAAAGCAGUGUCCAGCUACAGAGUUGGUCUCGACGUGUCCAUUGAAUUGGAGUUCCGAACCAGCAGAACUAAUGGCGUCCUUUUGACCAUCAGUAACCAAGGCAAUGAUGGUCUUGGUCUGGAGAUUGUUCAGGGCCAGCUGCUAUUCCACGUGGACAACGGCGCCGGACGGAUCACGGCGCUGCACGUGCCCGACGGCGACGGCUUCUGUGAUGGCCAGUGGCACUCUGUCCUCGCCAACAAGGUUCGCCACAGGGUGGAGCUGCUGGUAGAUGGGAAGCGGAGCCAAGCUCAGAGUUCCAAUGCGCGCUCCAACACCUGCGAUACCAACGACCCCAUCUAUGUGGGAGGCUACCCGGACGGCGUUCGUCAGGUAGCUCUGUCUGGCCGCACGUCCUUCAGAGGUUGCAUGAAGAACCUGAAGAUCACCAAAGCCUCAAAGGUCAUGGAGGUGCACUUCAACAAGGCUCUGGAAGUCAAAGGGGUUCAACCGCUCUCGUGUCCCAACUUUGCUGCCUAACAACCCGCCCUUGAAGCGACUUCCCAUUUUCCCUUCGCUGUUCAAUUUACUCUUGGUAGAGGGUUUGGAUACUGACUUUGAUGCAGCUUGAUUUCAGCCUGGUACAAUAAAUACUGUUCAUGGCUCCUU